AUGGAGAGAGGAAGCGCUGCCACGCGGGGCGCCCCACACCAGCGCCCCUGGACUCAGGGCAUCCACGGGAGACAGACUUCUCUUAGAAAGAGGAAAACCUGCAAGAGAGGUUUCCAUGAGCGCACGACGAGCGCCCGGCGUCGGCGGUGGAGGGAGAAAGCCCGGGUGGCGCGAGCUGGAGUGACUGGGUCGGGGGUACCGUCCGUGCUCCGAAUUGACCCAGCGGCCCGAGCGCCGAGCCCGCCCCGCGCGCACCCUGUGCAGCUGAGCCACGGGCAAGGCGGCCUGCUGCGGGCGGGGGCGUGGGCACCGGGGCGCCCCGGAGGCCAGGCCCCGGGAGCAGCCCUCAGCCGCACGGACCACGGCGGGGGGCGGCGGCACCGGAGAGCCAGCUCGUUAGUCUCCAGACGCCCCUGGACUCCCCUGAAGCCAGCCGGGAGGCACUUAGAGCAGAAUUCCUGUAAAUUCAUCGGCAGUGACCCUAUAUUGCUGAUGUGA